AUGAGAUUUUUACAUUUGCAUAGAUUGCAUGAUACCUGUUUGUUCCAUGAUUUUGCUUUGAGCUGGUGGAACAAAACUACUCCUGCACAACCUAUUUUGUGCACAACGAGCGCAGUUGCCUUUUUUUGAACCGUGUAAAAUAGCAUAGUUUUGAUUUUUAGCACCACUGUCGAGUAUCACUUCUAAUUCCAAGGAAAGUCUUUAGCAAUCUGUCACUUCCACUUUGGUGGCCCCCUAGCUGCUUUGUCAUUCCCCGAAGUCUCGCUUUAGUUGAAUUAAUUUCAGCUCAGCGGGAUUUUGGCUUUGUGUACCAAAAAUAAAGGAGCGAACUUUUACUGAUUUUAUUCUAAGAAACUCUACUCUAUACUAUCGCGAUUGGUUCGAAGUAUCUAUUAGAAACUUUUCCCUUAUCGGAAAGAUAUUACAGUACAACGCGUAGACUACUACACUAAGAAAGCGAUAAAGCAACUUUCUCAAAAAAAGGUUGCCGUGUAAGCGCCUAAGUGUAUUACGAUACUAACAAAGAAGUGAAAGCGCCACUGUCUAACUCCCUCUACGACUUUUUCAACAGUAUAUCACAAUUUUGUUGUACAACUACGUUCUAGCUUUUCAUCAGACCAAUCGCAACCACUUUUAUUUGAUUCUCGCAUUUCUAGGCGAAAUCGAGUUGCAAUGUAUGGACCUUUCGCGCGAUCAACACAUAGAGCAGGAAACAAACGAACAAAGUGAAAAUAUGUUGCAUCCUUGAAUUUGUUGUGUGUUAGCCAAGACUAAGCAAGAACCAGAAGAACUUUAGAAGUCCUCGUAAUUUUUAUUUUAUUGACAAUCUUAAGUACGUCUCAGUACGUGUGAUCCUGCGUGUGAUCCUGCGUUUGUUUGAGAACGGAUACUACCCCUUUCCAAAUCAAAACACAUUAGGACCCGGGGGGACAGGAAGAGCCCCCCGGUAGCGCUAGUCUCACAUGGGUGCACACAUAAGGACGUUGACGAAGAAACACACACACACGGCGGUCAAAAAACACAAACAAUAUGCGUCCAGCACAAACUGCCCUGACUCGCUCACCGGAUGGAUGCGCCGCCGAGGUCCGUCGCUGCAGUAGCUUAAAUAAUAAUAGCUAUAAUAGAAAGAAAAAUAUAGAAAUAGUAGCGGCAAAGCUAUCUGUAGUGCUUUCCUGGUAGAACAGCCGCGCCACGCCGCUGAGCGGGAGACGGCCUGUCCAGUGAGUGAGUGCCCCGUCAACUGCUCGCCGGGGCGCUGCGUGGAAGAGCAGCGUCGCCGCAUGUCGAGCCGGGGAACUAGUUUGCUUUCGAUUGCCUUUUAUUUUUUUUUUAAGUUCCCCGUCAUCUCAAUUCCCCCUUAACAUGCCGCCUUACUCUUCACGGACAUGGAGGAUGACAUCAGCGCGUAGAACGGUUUGAAUCAGACUCGGGCUACAAGGCCACAGGUAAACUAUCCCAGUGUCUUCCGGCCGGCCUUGACGCAAUCUGACUACUAAAAACCUCGCGGUAGCGGGGGGGCGUUCUAGUCUUCGGUCUAGUUCGUCGCCCUCUACCAGGCCUGUACGACCUGAAAGCAGAACCUCGGCUAGGGCAACAGGAUCACAUCAAGCAGCAUCCGCGAGCAGCAUCCGACCCGAGAGUAGUCAGCCGGGCCAUUUCUGAAGGCGCUGCGAGGUGGGCGGAGAGGCAUCACGCUAGCAGUUGGACGGGAGCAAGGCCAGCGUUCUUCUGUGUGAUGUUCGUCGUAUACUGUCCUGCCUAGUUCAACUAUGUAGGUUAUCUCUCUCUCUCUCUUCUAGCUUUUCAUCAGUACUAGAACUGAGCAUUUCGGAAGAUCAUUCCCAAAAAUCCGCAACUCGAAUGGGAUAUCAAAUGCAAAAAUGUCUGGGUCUGGAAGAAUGCAUGUUUGUCAUGCUUGCGUGGCAUGACUCUUGAAUCUGUCAUGCACGUUACCCAAGAGCCACAUUUUUCUGUCAUGCCGAAACGCUGUUUGUCAUGCAGGAUAGGCAACACCUAGAAGCUCAGAAAUUUGUCAUGCUAGGCCAGCACUUGUGGCCUCCAGACGCUACGCCUCUCAGCAUCACAAGUUUCCAGACCAAGACAUAUUUGCAAUGCAUAUGGGAUGCGGAU